GGAUCCUUGCAUUGUAUGGCCUGCACAGAUCAGACGUGUACAACCACAGCAUUAUCAGAAUGUGGCUCAGAGACAAUGUGCAUUACUGCUUCCAUUAUAGGUAUUCCUCUCUGUUUGUUAGAUGAUACUUUACAGAAAAGAGCAAAAGUUGAACAGCAUAGGUUACCAGUUUUAUUAUCAACAAUAACAAAGUGCCCCUUGACUCUACAGCCACUUCAUCAGGAACUACUACUGAAAGAAUCUACAAGGGCUGUGCACCAUCCCACCUGUGCCAAGUUACAGGCAUGCAGAACUUUUCAGCCAACUUGGGUUUCUCAAGCGUCCAUGCAUCCGCUCUGUGCUGCAACUCUGAGAACUGCAACUCCCAAAGUCUUCCCAUGCCCCAACCUCAGCCAUCUAACAACCUGCAGUGUUUGACUUGUGACCCUCAAACAUCUAACUGUAGCACCAUGGUAACGUGUUCAGGAGAGGAAAGCAGCUGCUUGACAGCCACAGGUUGGUGUUCCUGUUAACUAGAUCUCACACACUUGUAUUCUUAUGGAAAAACAACUCUACUCAGUGUCUAAACAUUAGAAACAAAAACAUGUAAAUACCUUUCAAUUGAAAUGUGGUAUCAAAACUAGCAUUAUUGAUGGAAGCUGUCAUUUUUUACAGUGCAAAAUGGACCUACAACCUAUCCAGUGCAUGGCUGUGUGACUAAAAAUACAUGUGAAGCAGGUAAGAACCUGCAGAGUCUACCUUUCAUGGAAAAUCUUGGUAACAUCACCAGUGGACUAAGCUGUUGUGGACAAACUGGGUGUAACUCUUGGACACCAAAUCCUCCAUCAUCAACGCCUUCACCUACCGAUUCAGUUACAACUUCAUCUCCUGCACCAACUACAACCAACAACACAGGUAUCUGUUCCUGUUUGUACUUUUCCCGUACUUUUACUAUGUUUACACAUACAAAAGUAGGGAUGAAGCGAUAUAUCGAUCGGCUGAAAUCAGAAAUGUGGUCUCAAAUCACAUGAC